UGACCAUCAGGUGGCAUAUACGUGUACAGGCUCGCCAACUACAUAUACCUAGAGUGAAUCGGGAUUGGCUCUACCCACAUUACUGGGCUGGUACCUGGUUUGUGACAGGUGAGCAGUGGUUAUAAAAACUUAGCCCGCUUAAAAAGACACAAUCCAAGCUCAACGCUGUUCACGGACCGAGCCGCCACGCCCACCAAGUUCAUGCCUCCUUUGAUGUCUAGAUCAGAAUCAACCACACGCCCAGAGCUGAUAGGAUUAGAAGGUUCAUAAUACCUGCUACUAAUAAGCCCCUGAUCAUGUUAAAGUGGAGGUAUUCAAGUGAAGAAAAUGACAGGCAGGUCAAACUUGUACGAGUUCGCCGAGCAGGAAUUGAGUUGCAGCGGAGAUCCAUCGCCAAGGCUGUGUGUUUACAAAAGUUUAAAGAGCUGAAAGAAACCGCUGAUUUCCAGGCGAAGUUCAUCGACAGGUUGAUGUUGGACAAGGAGAACUCUCUCAGAUUACUGGACAGCGUCAUGGCGGAAUUUUCAGCGUUAGAAAAACAAAUCAAAAUUGCUGAAGACGAGAUUGUAUUUGAAAAGGAUACGAACCGCAAACUUCGCACCGAGCUGAGUCACUGGAAAACGGAAUGUGCUAACCUCACACUUUGUGCCAGGCUUCUGCAAGGGGAGCUAGACCGUGUGAAGCACACCUCGAGAUCCCGCAACACACGUGACGAACUCCAAGAGACUCGACCAAUGAGAACCACGGAUACCAUCACGAAAAAUUCCUCCGCAGAAGAACGGCGUCUUAGUCUAGACGAGACAUUCCAAAACUUGGAGAACGAAAGUCGACUGGAGUUUCAGGGAGGUUUGAAUGUAAACCCUGGUUUGAAUGAAACUGUCUUUUCUCGAUCUGACAUGUUUGUGGCAUCCGACUUCGAGCAUGGUAAAUCACAAACAAACUCAAGAAAGAAAACCAUCAUUCCUCCAUCCACCCUCUCGAGCAGAAGUCACCAGCAGAGAUCGCCAGCGUCACCGAAAACCAUUGGAUGUUUCCGGCGCUUUCGUUUUCGGAUAGGGAAGAGAAAAGUGUAUUCGUUACCACAACCCACGGUGAUACAUUCCCACCAUGUUAUUCAAAACUGA